GAUUUCUUUUUCUCAAAUGAUUCAGUUAAUUAGAAGUUGAUUUUUUCUCUCUCUUUUUGUUUUUUCUUUAUUUGUGGAUAAUCGUUUUGUUUUAAGAUUUUUCUCUGGCCCUGAAGUGUUUGGUCUUCUAUUGAAGACGAAAAAAUAAAGAGGCAGAGGAAAGGAAAACCUUUUAGAAUUCCAGUGUUGUUACAAUGGCUACAAUUAGCCAUUGUUUUAGACCCUUUUGUAAUCAAUUAUGGAAACGUAAACCUUUAUUAUUGGCGAUUGUGAUUGUUGUCUCAUUUGGUUUAGUUGUUAUCCAAUAUAGAGAUGUUACCUCAUCACCUAUUUUUUCCUCAUCUUCGUCUUCAUCUUCUUCAGCAUCAUCAGGUGUAUUAUAUGGUGGAUCAUCUAAAGUUUAUUUAAUGGAUGCAAAUAUGUCUAAUUUAACACAAAACCGAGCUGUUUUACCCAAACCAUUACAUGUAAAUAGUUUAAAUGAAAUUCCUGGUUCUAAUGGGUUACCAGAUGAAUCCUUUAGUAUAGCUCGGAUUGGAGAUGGUGAACCUGGUGAUGAUUUAAAUAAAAAUCGUCGCAAUAAAAUAAGAGAGAUGUUAAAAUUUGCCUGGGAUAAUUAUGUUAAAUACGCUUGGGGUGAGAAUGAAUUUAAACCGCUGACCAGGAGGCCUCAUCAUGCGAGUAUAUUUGGUAAAGAGAAAAUAGGAUUAACAAUUAUCGAUGCAAUGGAUACUUUAUUUGUAGCUGGAUUAAAGGAUGAAUUCAAUGCUGCUCGUGAAUGGUUAGCAAGUGAAUUUACAUUGGAACAUUUUAGCGCUGAUCUAUCAGUUUUUGAGACAAAUAUACGUUUUCUUGGUAGUAUGUUAACAUGUUAUGCACUUACGGGUGAUAAAUUGUUCUUGGAAAAAGCUGAUUACGUUGCCGCCAAGCUUUUACCUGCUUUUAACACUCCAACCGGAAUACCUUAUUCAUUGAUUAAUUUAAGAACCCAGGCUGCUCAUAAUUAUUUCUGGGCAUCUUCAAGUUCAUCCAUUCUCGCUGAAAUCGGAACCCUUCAUCUUGAAUUUGUUUACCUUUCCGAGUUGACACAAAAAUCAAUCUACAAAGAGAAAGUCAUUAAAGUCAGAGAUUAUCUUGAUAAUUUGGACAAAACCGAUGGACUGUACCCAAAUUACAUUAAUCCAAAAUCAGGAAAAUGGGGUCACCGUCAUAUUAGUAUUGGAGCAUUGGGAGAUAGUUUCUAUGAGUAUCUAUUGAAAGCAUGGAUUCAAUCGGGUGGGGAAGAUGAAAAGGCUCGACGAAUGUACGACGAAGCCAUUGGUGCUAUUGAGAAAAAGUUAUUGAAAAAAUCUAAUUCUGGUUUAUAUUAUUUCGCUGAGCUGAAAUACGAUCGGCUUGAGAAUAAGAUGGAUCAUCUAGCCUGUUUCAGUGGAGGUUUAAUCGCCCUGGGAGCUCAGGCAUUACCAACGGAGGAAAAAAUAAAAGCGUUAAAAGUGGCCGAAGAUGUUACUAAUACCUGCCACGAAUCUUACAUUAGAACUGCCGUUGGAUUGGGACCAGAAUGUUUCAGAUUCACCGAUGAGUUGGAUGCAAAAGCCUCCAGAUCGGAAAGUUAUUACAUCCAACGACCUGAAUUAAUUGAGAGCUAUUUUUACUUGUGGAGAUUGACCAAAGACCCUAAAUACCGUGAAUGGGCCUGGGAAGCGGCCGAAGCCCUUGAGAAACACGCAAAAGUUAUUGGAGGCUAUUCUGGCCUAAGAAAUGUUUACGAUUUACAAAGUCAGAAAGACGACGUUGAACAAAGUUUCCUGUUCGCUGAGACAUUUAAAUAUUUGUAUUUAAUUUUUUCCGAUGAUAAUUAUCUCUCACUCAAUGAAUGGGUUUUCAAUACGGAGGCUCAUCCACUUCCAAUCAAGGGCAAAAAUCCCGCCUACCCUAGUCAAGAUGGAAAGUGGAAACAAUAAUUAACACCAAUUAACAGAUCACAAAGAUUACAAUGAUGACAACAACAACAAUUAACCAACCAGAAAACAAGCAAUUUAACAUAAUUGUGAAUCCUUUUUUCAUUUCUUUUCAACCCCUGACCCUCGAGGGCAGCGGGUUUAAUAGGAAACUUUUAUCUUAUAUAUAUAUGAGAUUAGGAUUAAUUGUUAAAAGAAUGUUUUUAUCAGAAUGUUUUUCAGAUAAUUUUUUCACUUUUUUGAUAAAAACAAUUUCUUUCUGUUGUUAA